UUAAAGCUCAACAUCAGGAUCUUCUGCACAGACUCUGCUUUAUUUGGAAUGGGUGCGAAACAUCAAUUGAUCCUUCUUUAUAAUUUCCAAAGAGCGCAGUAAAAGAUCAAAUAACACGCCGGUUGUUUUUGCAAUGAACGGGGUUGCCUUCCUCGCCGUGGUGCUCCUCCUGCUCCUCACCUCCUGCUCCUCUGUUCGGGGGUACUUUGCUGAGGAGCGCUGGAGCCCCGAGUCUCCGCUUCUGGCCCCUCGGGUUCUUCUUGCGCUCAUCUGCAGAAACUCUGAGCACUCUUUGCCCUAUUUUUUAGGAACUAUAGAGCGGCUUCGGUAUCCCAAGGACCGUAUGGCUCUCUGGGUAGCAACAGAUCACAAUGAGGACAAUACCACAACAAUUCUGCGUGAGUGGCUUUUAAAGGUGCAGAGCUUUUACCAUUAUGUAGAGUGGAGGCCAAAAGAAGAACCCAGUCAUUACAAGGAUGAAGAUGGUCCAAAACACUGGACAGACCUCCGUUAUGAGCAUAUUAUGAAGCUCCGGCAAGGAGCAUUGGAGUCCGCUCGUGAGAUGUGGGCAGACUACUUGAUGUUUGUGGAUUGUGAUAACCUUCUUACCGAUCGAGAUGUACUCUGGAAGCUGAUGAAAGAAAACAAGACAAUAAUAGCCCCGAUGCUUGAAUCCCGUGGCGCCUAUUCAAACUUUUGGUGUGGAAUGACCUCAGAGGGUUACUAUAGACGGACCCCUGCCUACAUACCUAUCAGGAAGCAAGUCCGUAAAGGUUGUUUUGCAGUUCCAAUGGUUCAUUCCACAUUCAUCAUAGACCUCAGGAAAGAGGCAUCCAGGCAGCUAGCCUUUCAUCCACCACAUCCAGAAUACAGCUGGGCAUUUGAUGACAUCAUUGUGUUUGCGUAUUCUGCUCAGAUGGCAGAUGUUCAAAUGUUUGUAUGUAAUAAGGAGACCUAUGGUUACCUUCCUGUACCUUUACGCGCCCACAAUACUUUGCAAGAUGAAGCUGAUAGUUUUUUACACUCACUAUUGGAAGUUAAUGUGCGGAAUCCUCCUCUAAUGCCUUCCAAAUAUAUCCCUGUUCCUAGAAAGAAAACUGAUAAAAUGGGGUUUGAUGAGGUGUUCAUGAUAAAUUUGCAGAGGCGGACUGAUCGCAGAGAACGUAUGCUAAGGACCCUGUAUGAGCAGCAGAUUGCAUGCAAAGUCAUUGCAGCAGUAGAUGGAAAAGCAAUGAAUAUCAGUGAAAUUCAUGCCUUGGGUAUCCAUAUGCUCCCAGGGUAUCAGGACCCUUAUCAUGGUCGACCACUGACAAAGGGGGAGCUAGGCUGCUUUCUUUCCCACUACAAUGUCUGGAAAGAGAUUGUAGAUCGACAUCUAGAGACUUCUCUGGUGAUUGAAGAUGACCUGCGUUUUGAGGUCUUCUUCAAACGUCGGUUGAUGAACUUGAUGAGUGAGGUUGAGCAAGAAGGGCUGGACUGGGAUCUUAUAUAUAUUGGGCGGAAAAGAAUGCAAGUGGAUCACAAGGAGAAAGCAGUACCAAAUAUACAUAACAUAGUGGAAGCAGAUUAUUCAUACUGGACUCUAGGUUAUAUGAUUUCAUUGCAGGGUGCUGAGAAGCUGUUGAAAGCAGAACCACUAAAAAGGAUUUUGCCAGUAGAUGAGUUCCUUCCUAUAAUGUUCAACAAACACCCUGUCUCUGAUUAUAUGGAGCAGUUUGAAAACAGGGACCUGAAGGCCUUUUCUGCAGAGCCUCUCCUGGUGUAUCCAACUCACUAUACUGGUGACCCGGGCUACAUCAGUGACACUGAAACCUCCACUGUCUGGGACAAUGAAAAGGUCCGGACAGACUGGGACAGAGAAGCGCGCUCCGGAAAAACUCAGGAACAGACUGAGAUCAGCCGUGAGGCCCAAAACACGGAUGUACUUCAGUCCCCUUUGGACAGUACAGCUCGGGACGAGCUUUGAGUAAAGCUGAGUGGGGGCUUGAGAUUUAAAGAUGCAAGUAGCUAACCCUAAAUAUUUUUUUUUCUAAGCAGGGAUAAACUUUAAACUUUGAUAUCAAAGUUUAAGGAAGGAUCAGAUUUGACAGAUGUGACAAGUUAAAAAGGGAUCAUCAAUAACUUAUGUUUUAUACCUUGAUAUUAUUGUUAUUGGGAACUAGACUUGCCAUUGUCAAUGGCAUUUGCAGUACUCACAUUCUGUCUGUCAUACAGAAAUGACCAGCAAAUGAAAUUAAAUUGGUUUAUCCCAAACGUUUUAAGCAAACUUACUUUACGUUACACAUCAAAAUGUUUAUUUUCCAAAUUUCCUAAGAGUGCAGUUUAAUAAAAGAAAAACACUGUCUCAAAAUACACUCUAAUUUCAAAUCAACUUUUGUUUCUAGCUUUUAUUUUAAAACACUUUUUUGUAGCUUUCUUUUUUAGUAAAGCCCUUUUAAAUAAAAUGUGAACUUUUAUAUGAGAAGCAUACAGAUAAAUGUUCCACCUGUUGUGUUUC